AUGGUUCACCUAUCGCAAAUACCUCAAGACGGAGAGGCGGCUGCGGGGGCUCUCCCGGAAGCCGUCAAGAAGAUUCGCUUGCAGCUCAGUAAUUACGAUGAUACUUUCACAACGAGUGUGUAUGGCUCGAAAUUUGCCGCCGAAGACCUCCCGAAGCACGAGAUGCCCGAGGGCGAGAUGCCUAGGGAGGUCGCAUAUCGGAUGAUCAAGGACGAGUUGAGCUUGGACGGAAACCCGAUGCUCAAUCUGGCGUCGUUUGUCACGACUUACAUGGAAGAAGAGGCAGAGAAGCUGAUGACAGAGUCAUUUUCGAAAAACUUCAUCGAUUACGAAGAAUACCCGCAAUCAGCAGACAUCCAGAACCGCUGCGUAUCCAUGAUCGGACGGCUCUUCAACGCGCCCUCCGCGUCGAGCGGCACCUCAGCGAGCGCCAUAGGCACGUCGUGCGUGGGUUCGUCGGAGGCCAUCAUGCUCGCCGUCCUAGCCAUGAAGAAGCGCUGGAAGAACAAGCGCGCCGCCGCAGGCCUGCCUACGGACCGGCCUAACAUCGUCAUGUCCUCGGCCGUGCAGGUCUGCUGGGAGAAAGCGACGCGGUAUUUCGAGAUCGAGGAGAAGCUCGUGUACUGCUCGCCUGAUCGCUACGUCAUCGAUCCCGUGGAAACCGUCGACCUGGUCGACGAGAAUACGAUUGGCAUUUGCGCGAUCCUCGGCACGACGUAUACGGGGGAAUAUGAGGAUGUCAAGGCUGUGAACGAUCUUCUAAUUGAACGGGGUCUUGAUUGCCCGAUCCAUGUCGAUGCUGCCUCGGGCGGCUUUGUCGCGCCGUUUGUGGUGCCUGAUCUCGAGUGGGACUUUAGGUGCGAAAAGGUCGUGUCUAUUAAUGUCUCGGGACAUAAGUACGGUCUUGUAUAUCCUGGUAUCGGCUGGGUUGUCUGGAGAGCUGCCGAAUAUUUGCCUCAGGAACUCGUAUUCAACAUCAACUACCUCGGAGCCGAUCAGUCAUCGUUCACAUUGAACUUCUCAAAAGGCGCGAGCCAGGUUAUCGGGCAGUAUUACCAGCUCAUCCGCCUCGGCAAGAAGGGUUACCGCGCCAUCAUGUCCAACUUGACCCGUACAGCCGAUUAUCUAACCCAAGCGCUCGAAGCUUUGGGUUUCAUCAUCAUGAGCAAGAUGUCUGGCGAGGGUCUACCGCUGGUUGCCUUCCGGUUACCUGAGAGUGAGACGAGGCAUUAUGACGAAUUCGCCCUCGCGCAUAGGCUGCGUGCUCGCGGAUGGGUCGUUCCCGCGUACACCAUGGCGCCACACACAAACAACCUAAAGAUGCUGCGCGUCGUCGUCCGGGAGGACUUCACCAAAAACCGGUGCGACGCGCUACUCUGUGACAUCAAGAUGUCCCAGAGCAUGCUGGAGCAGAUGGACAAGGACGCCAUCAAGCUGCAGGAGGAGUAUAUCCUCAAGCACACUGUCAACAGCACCGAGGCGAAACACAACCAUCCUAGGUUUCGGAAGGAAAGGCAUUCCAUCCAGGGGAUACAUGGCAAGACACAUGCCAUCUGCUGAGGAGAGUGGUGGAGGGAGAAUGGCUGGCCGGAUUGGGUCUCCCGUCUGGUAGGGCCUUGAGUUGCUGGUUUGACGACCGGCCUUAGCGUUGGUUCUCUUUAGACCUUUUUCACG